CUUUCUUUUCAUUCAUUUCCAAAACAAUGCCUAAAUCAGCGUUCUUCUUCCUUUUCUACUUCUCUUUCUCUUUCUCUUUCAUUUCAGAUUCUUUGGCUAUGACUAAUUGGACUAAUGGACAGCAGCAGCAGAAAACAUGGUGUGUGGCAAAGCCUUCCUCGGACCAGGCCUCUCUUCUCGCAAAUAUCAAUUAUGCAUGCGCUCAUGUCGAUUGCGGAAUUUUGCAGAAAGGUUGCCCUUGCAGCACUCCGGAUAAUCUAAUGAACCGCGCCUCCAUAGCCAUGAAUCUCUACUACCAAGCUUAUGGACGGAACCACUGGAAUUGCGACUUCAGGAACUCUGCUCUCGUUGUCGUCACAAAUCCAAGUUAUGGUAACUGCAUCUAUGCAUAGUAGUUGGAGUAAGAAAGUGAAGUUGGCCUUGAAAAAUAUAAUUU